AUGCAUGGUGUCCUAUUUCUUUGUUUGUCGCUGGUGGCAGCGACGUCGGCGUAUUUACAAGUGCCCGAGGACUAUCAUCUAGAAGUCGGAAUACCAACAGCGACGAGAAUAAAGGAAGCCGAAGAUAAAAUCCUUUCCCUUCAGAAUAAUGGACAAAGGAUCGUAGGUGGAAAUGUUGCUGGUGCAAACUCUCACCCGUAUCUGGCUGGUCUUCUUAUUACAUUCUUCAACCACCCUGGUACAUCAGCUUGUGGCUCGUCCCUCAUAUCUUCUAAUCGCCUGGUGACCGCUGCUCACUGUUGGGACACAGCCAAUUACGCUGUGAGACAGUUCGUUGUAGUCCUUGGAUCACAGAUGCUCUUCUCUGGAGGAACGAGAAUAGCAACCAACAACGUGGUAGUUCAUCCACGAUGGAAUCGACAGUAUUUACAAAACGACAUAGCCAUAAUCUAUUUGCCAACCAACGUUAGGUUUUCCGCAUCAAUCCAACCUAUUGCUCUACCUGCAAAUGAUUUGAAUGAUUCCUUCCAAGGAUUCUUAGCAACAGCCUCUGGUUACGGAAAGACGAGUGAUUGGCAGACUGGAGUAUCCGCGAGCUCGAGGAUUAAUGAAGUCGACGUACUUGUGAUAGGUAACACUCGUUGCCAACGGUCGUUCGGAACGAAUUUCGUCCGUCCAGACGUCUUGUGUACCGAUGGCAUAGGAGGCGUCGGCAUUUGUGGAGGAGAUUCCGGAGGACCAUUAGUUCUAAGGAAUAGAUUCGGACAACAGAUUUUGGUUGGCGUCAGUUCUUUUGCUGCUACCAACGCCUGUGAGAGAGGCCAUCCCUCAGGAUUCGUCAGGGUUACCAGUCAUUAUAAUUUUAUCCAUCAGCAUUUGUAA